AAACCAAUCAACAAAAGAGUAAUAAUUUGACCAUAUUGAAUAAAGAUGGAAAUUAGCUUGCAAAUUGCAAUAAUACAUUUCCACGCAUCGUCUUCCUUCUCUCCAAGUCGCCACUUUAUUCCUGAUUUUUGAGUUUCAGACAACCCAGUAAUAUGUUAGGGAUUGCGCGGAAAAAAGUUGUUCGUGGUAGUUUCGCGGGUAUAGGGCGCCAUUUUCAGAGGAAUUCUGCAUUAACUGCUUCUCCUUUUGGAUCUCAUGGUUAUGCUGCACAUGCAAAAGAGACUUUGCUUCUCAGACGAGGAUCAAAGCUUGUGAGGAUUAUUAGUUUGCCUGAGAAUUUGGGUUGUGCCACUAAUUUAAGCUCACUAAGGCGAGCUGGAUCAUGUUUACAUACAGAUCCUUCUAUGCAAACAUGGAAUAGAUCCUACUCAUCAGACAGUGGUGAUGUUGUGGAAGCAGUUGUGCCUUACAUGGGAGAGUCAGUAACCGAUGGCACUCUGGCUACAUUUUUAAAGCAUCCUGGGGACCAUGUAGUAGCUGAUGAGCCAAUUGCUCAGAUUGAAACAGAUAAGGUCACUAUUGAUGUUGCUAGCCCUGAAACUGGAAUUGUUCAUCAGCUUGUUGCCAAAGUAGGUGAUACCGUUGAGCCUGGCCAUAAGAUUGCAAUCAUAUUAAAGUCUUCUGAUCAUGCACAUGUAGCGCCAUCAGAGCCACCAACAGGCAAGAAGGAAACGACAGAUGAAGUGAAGGAAAAAGCUAAAGCUCCUGCUGGAGAGAAGCCUAAGUUAGAAGACUCUGCUCUCAAGGAGAAGCCAAAAGUUCAUCCUCCGCCAUCCACGAAACCCUCUCCCUCUGAACCUCAACUUCCUCCCAAGGAAAGAGAGAGAAGGGUUCCUAUGACAAGACUGAGAAAGCGAGUUGCAACACGUUUAAAAGACUCUCAGAACACCUUUGCCUUGUUGACUACUUUCAAUGAAGUUGAUAUGACAAACUUGAUGAAGCUGCGCUCUGAUUAUAAAGAUGCUUUUACUGAAAAGCAUGGAGUGAAGUUGGGAUUCAUGUCAGGAUUUGUAAAGGCAGCUGUGAGUGCACUUCAGAGUCAACCUAUUGUCAAUGCCGUCAUUGAUGGUGAUGACAUCAUAUACCGAGAGUACAUUGAUAUCAGUAUUGCUGUAGGAACUCCUAAGGGUCUCGUGGUUCCAGUUAUACGAGAUGCGGAUAAAUUGAACUUCGCUGAGAUAGAAAAAGGGAUCAACACUCUUGCCAAGAAGGCAAGUGAUGGAACAAUAUCUAUUGAUGAGAUGGCUGGAGGGUCAUUCACAAUAUCGAACGGUGGUGUUUAUGGAAGCCUUUUAAGUACUCCUAUCAUAAACCCUCCACAGUCUGCAAUAUUGGGUAUGCACUCCAUUGUUAACCGGCCGAUGGUGGUUGGUGGUCAGAUAGUUUCACGACCGAUGAUGAAUGUUGCUCUGACAUAUGAUCAUAGGCUGAUUGAUGGAAGAGAGGCAGUCCUCUUUUUACGCCGCAUCAAGGAUGUGGUUGAAGAUCCCAGGAGGUUGCUUCUUGACAUAUAAGAUGCAAACAGUAUGAUUUCGUUUUCACCAUCAAUAGUAAAAAUAAAUUACAUUGUUUAGUCAUCACUUAUUUUGGGCCUUUGGGGGUAAAUUCCACCCUGCCUCAAUUUGUGAGUGGUGAUUUUGAGUAAAUAUGGGUUGAUUGGGCUCUUCAAAACUGUUCUAUAUUUCAAGUUUUGUAUACCCUUAUGAUAAUAUAUCCUUGAAAUGCAAGGAGAGCUAAUUCAAGUGAACACUAUAGGGUUUCAGAUUUCUGUACAAUUUUGUUUAAAGAAAAAUAUUCUGCAGGUACGUAUGCACUAUGUAGUAUGCCUAACACUAAAUAUUUCAAUUUUAAUUUAUAA